UAAAAGGGCUCAGACAUUGCAGAUCAGAUUCAGUUUUCAGCUUGUUGCAAAAGCGGGAGAAGCAAACAUGGUCGAAUGGUCAGCCAGCGAGCGCAGUACUAUCACUUCCCUCUGGGGAAAAAUUAAUGUCGCUGAAAUCGGACCCCAGGCUUUGGCGAGAGUUUUGAUCGUGUACCCCUGGACUCAGCGUUAUUUUGGGAAGUUCGGGGACCUCUCCAAUGCUGCGGCCAUCCAGGGUAAUGCCAAGGUAGCGGCUCACGGAAAGGUCGUUCUGGGCGCCCUGGAGAAAGCUGUGAAAAACAUGGACGACGUCAAGGGAACAUACUCCAAGCUGAGCCAGCUGCACAACGAGAAACUGAACGUCGACCCCGAUAACUUCAGGCUGUUGGGUGACUGCCUCACCAUUGUUUUGGCUACCAAGCUUGGUGCAGGAUUCCCCGCGGAAAUCCAGGCCGUGUGGCAGAAAUUCGUGGCUGUCGUGGUCAGCGCCCUUUCAAAGCAGUACUUCUAAAAGCAACAUCCUAUCACUGAAUGCUUGAAUACAAUAAAUAAAACAAAUUUUAAAAGACA